AUGUGGUGCCACUUAACCACGAGGGUUUUGUGGCUGUUCUUGACUCUCAUGGACUGGGGCGUCUGUCUGCGGAUGCUGAUCCCUCCUGGUGGGAAGCGCUGUUUAAGGCACGAAUCUCACCCAGGGGAGAUAACUAACGGAAACUACGAUGCUUCGGAGCCUGACACACAUCAGCUUGAUAUUCUGAUACAAGACGCUGAAGGUCAUAUGCUUUAUAUGCGAGAAAAUAUUGCUAAAGGAACGUUUGCCUUCUCAACUGAAAACUUCCAACUGUUCGAAGUUUGUGUUAGGUCGAGGCCAAUGCCUGGCGCAACAAACCUUGCCGAACGUGAAUUUUUCCUUGAAAUAAAGCAAGGUGCUGAGGCCAAAAACUUUGACCUUCUGGCCAAAGCUGAAAAGUUGAAGCCGAUGGAACUGGAACUGAAAAGGCUAGAAGCGUUGACCGAUGAAAUUGUUCGUGACUUCACAACGAUGCACACUAAAAGCAGUGCGAUGCGGAGUACAAAUGAGUGGCGUAAACAGAUAGGUGGCCAACCCUUGACUUGGCAGAGGAGUAUGAAGGAGAUCACGAGACGCUUGGGUGCUGUCGGUGCUACUCGCCUUCCAGGAUGGGGACCGCGUGAUCCUCACUGUGCCUGGUUGGAGACACUACAAGAUAUGGCUGCCAACCGAUGUCAGUGGCGUUCUUGUCGUCAGUUUCUAUCCAGAUUGCCCGAGUGA